CCCCGCUCCCUGCUGCGUCAUCAGGCGCCGGGCGGGCUGGGCGCAAAACCAGAGGAGGUGGUUUAUUCUCUGCGUGGCCGGCUCCGUGUGAGGUCGGACGUGGCUCAAGCUCCUCGAUCGCCAUGGCUUCCGCUGGCACUCCCGCCGCCCUAGGCGCCUCGACGACGGCAGCAGCACCGCCGGCUCCAGGCCCUCCUCUGUCGGGGAUCCUGAUCGGGGACCGCCUCUACUCGGAGGUCUCGCUGACCAUCGACCACUCCCUUAUCCCGGAGGAGCGCCUCUCGCCGACGCCGUCCAUGCAGGACGGGCUGGACCUCCAGAGCGAGACGGACCUCAGGAUCUUGGGGUGCGAGCUCAUCCAGGCCGCGGGGAUCCUCCUCCGCCUGCCUCAGGUCGCAAUGGCAACUGGGCAAGUGCUGUUUCACCGCUUCUUCUACUCCAAGUCCUUUGUCAAGCAUAGUUUUGAGAUUGUUGCUAUGGCCUGCAUCAAUCUUGCAUCCAAAAUUGAAGAAGCACCUCGUCGUAUAAGGGAUGUGAUCAAUGUUUUCCAUCAUUUGCGCCAGUUGAGAGCUAAAAGGACUCCAAGCCCAUUGAUACUUGAUCAGAACUACAUAAACACCAAAAAUCAAGUAAUCAAAGCAGAAAGAAGGGUGCUGAAGGAAUUGGGAUUUUGUGUUCAUGUCAAGCAUCCACAUAAGAUCAUUGUUAUGUACUUGCAAGUCUUAGAAUGUGAACGUAAUCAGACACUCGUCCAAACAGCUUGGAAUUACAUGAAUGACAGCCUUCGAACCAAUGUUUUUGUUAGAUUUCAGCCAGAGACAGUAGCAUGUGCUUGUAUCUAUCUUGCUGCUAGAGCUCUGCAAAUACCUUUGCCUAACCGUCCUCAUUGGUUUUUGCUUUUUGGAAUUACUGAAGAAGACAUUCAGGAAAUAUGUUUAACAACACUUAAGCUUUACACUAGAAAGAAGCCCAACUAUGAAUUACUUGAUAAGGAAGUAGAGAAAAGAAAAAUGGCAUUACAGGAAGCAAAACUAAAAGCAAAGGGGUUAAAUCCUGAUGGAACUCCUGCUCUUUCAACAUUGGGAGGCUUUUCACCUGCUUCAAAGCCCUCCUCCCCAAGAGAAAUGAAAAUAGAAGAGAAAUCACCAGUGUGCAUCAAUGCAAAAACUAUCAAAAAAGAACCAGAAGAUAGACAGGUGGUUUCUAAGAGCCCUUACAAUGGUAUGAGAAAAGAGAGUAAAAGAAGUAGAAGCAGCAGAAGUGCUAGUCGAUCAAAGUCAAGAACAAAGUCACGGUCCAGAUCCCAUUCUCCAAGACGACAUUACAACAAUAGACGGAGUCUCUCUGGAACCUACAGCUCAAGAUCCAGGAGUAGGUCACGAAGUCACAGUGGCAGCCCUCGGAGACAUCAUAAUCACGGGUCACCACAUCUGAAACCCAAGCACAGCAGAGAAGAGUUGAAAGGUGUAAAUAGACAUGGUCACAAAAGGAAAAAGUCACGCUCACGUUCUCAAAGCAAAUCAAGGGAACAUUCAGAUGUUGCCAAGAAACAUAGGCAUGAGCGAGGACACCACAGGGAAAGGCGGGAAAGGUCUCGCUCCUUUGAGAGAUCUCAUAAGGGUAAGCACCACAGCGGUAGUCGUUCAGGACACAGCAGGCACAGGCGCUGACUGGGACAAGCUGCUUCUUGAUUUUGCUUGGAUAUUAUAAUACAAUGUAUGGAACUGCUUGAAACUUGAAAAGAAGUUGAUUAGGAUUUGAUUUGAAGCCCAACACCUUCAAUAUGUAGGACAUUAUUUUAAGAACUGUGUUGAAUUUUUUGCACAUAAAAUACCUUAGCAGUAUAUUGAUUUUAAAAAAAUGAUCAGGUUAAAUUGUAUGUGUUUAGAAUUGUAUCAAUAAGAGAACUGGAGAAUCUGUUUCUGUACAAAUGUACCUUAUUUUUAUACAAACUUACGGCAGACAUUUCUAUUUAAGUAUAGUUAUUUGUUUAAAAUAAUGGUGGAUACUUUCUUACACUGGUUUUAGUCUGCAUGUGUAAUUUUUUUACAAGAAAUAAAAUAUACAACUGUU